AUGGACGAGGCUGCAGUUAAAGUCCGCCAGAAGCCAGUGGAAGGACAGAAGACAGUCUCUGACCCCAGUGUGGCUGAAACAAGCCAGAUAAGUCCCCAGAAGCCAGUGGAAGGACAGAAGACAGUCUCUGACCCCAGUGUGGCUGGAAACAAGCCAGAUAAGGCUGCAGUUAAAGUCCGCCAGAAGCCAGUGGAAGGACAGAAGACAGUUUCUGACCCCAGUGUGGCUGGAAACAAGCCAGAUAAGGCUGCAGUUAAAGUCCGCCAGAAGCCAGUGGAAGGACAGAAGACAGUCUCUGACCCCAGUGUGGCUGGAAACAAGCCAGAUAAGGCUGCAGUUAAAGUCCGCCAGAAGCCAGUGGAAGGACAGAAGACAGUCUCUGACCCCAGUGUGGCUGGAAACAAGCCAGAUAAGGCUGCAGUUAAAGUCCGCCAGAAGCCAGUGGAAGGACAGAAGACAGUCUCUGACCCCAGUGUGGCUGGAAACAAGCCAGAUAAGGCUGCAGUUAAAGUCCGCCAGAAGCCAGUGGAAGGACAGAAGACAGUCUCUGACCCCAGUGUGGCUGGAAACAAGCCAGAUAAGGCUGCAGUUAAAGUCCGCCAGAAGCCAGUGGAAGGACAGAAGACAGUCUCUGACCCCAGUGUGGCUGGAAACAAGCCAGAUAAGGCUGCAGUUAAAGUCCGCCAGAAGCCAGUGGAAGGACAGAAGACAGUCUCUGACCCCAGUGUGACUGGAAACAAGCCAGAUAAGGCUGCAGUUAAAGUCCGCCAGAAGCCAGUGGAAGGACAGAAGACAGUCUCUGACCCCAGUUUGACUGGAAACAAGCCAGAUAAGGAACUUUUACAGAAAACUGACAUUCUCCCAAGCAAACAUGGCAGUACAAAAAAAUCUAUUAACAAGAAUUAUGGUCCACGCUGGCAAGGAGCAGACCCCUCCAAAAAUAUCUCAGUAAAAAGACUAAAAAUUAAUCCACAGGCCCCAAAAGGUAGCAAAAUGACUGCCUUACUCCAUCCACACCAUUGGCUUAGCAGUGAUGACAUUGAUUUUGCAUCUUACUUGCUUGCAAAUGAGUACCCACACAUCGAUGGCUUUCAGUCAACUCUUUUAUUCAGUGUUUUACAUAAUGGAGGUGUUGUGGGUACUCCAAGCGGGCAGUUUGUACAAAUUCUACACACUGGGGGCAACCACUGGGUAACUGCUAGCAACCUGUUUUGCCCAAAAAAUCAGGUUUGCAUAUACGACAGUCUAUCAACCGUGAUGUACAACAAAGAAAAACAAAUCCUGUCUUGGUUGCUUAGGCCAGUGGAAGACCAAUUUUUGGUUACUUACCCUGUUGUCCAACAACAGUCAAAUUCUAGCAACUGUGGCUUGUUUGCAAUAGCAUUUGCUUUUGUAUUAUGCUGUAACCUGAGGCCAGAAAACUGCCAGUUCCGCGAGGGUAGAUUGAGAGCAGAACUUGUAUCUUCUUUCCAGAAGGGACGAAUGCUUUUCAAAACAGAGCCAAGACUUAACAAGGCAAAAUCCACACAAACACUUGUGAAUGUGUACUGCUUAUGCAGGACUGCACACUGCAAUGAAGUCAUGGUUGAAUGUACUUCAUGCAAGAGGUGGUAUCAUCCGAACUGUGCACAGAUACCCCAAAAUGCAAUUACUGGGGAUGAUGACUGGCACUGCCCCAAUUGUACUGGCAAAAUCUAA